GAGAAGUUCACUUCCAUAAGGAGAUGAAGGAGAAGAGGAUAGUGGGGAAAAGAAGUCAGAACUGUAAUUUUGAAAUGACUCAGUAGAAAAUUGAAGUGCAAAUCUUUAUGUUGAGAGCUGUAUAAGCUACUUAAAGUCUUGCAGUUUUUAAAACUUUAAAUAUAGUCGUUCAUAGUAUAUUCAGUAAUUUAUUUAUUUCUUUUUAAAUCCUUACCUUGAUUGCCUUCCUGCAAAUACACGUUCAUUUGUUCUUGACAAUUUGCAAUUUUGGAAGAUCUUUCAGGAUGAUGAUUAUUUACAUCUUCUUAAUUCUGUACUCUGAAUACUAUGAUAGUGCUUAAAAAAGCACUUCUAUUUACGAAGCACCAACGAUUGAGAAAUAACAUAGAUAAGACAUAAUUUGAUUAGACUUCAAUUUCACAUGCAAGAGUUAAAGAGUAAUGCACAUCUCAGAAUUAUUUUUAGCUUCAUAUGCUUGGACUGAUCUUUCACAGGCAUCAGUGUGUCCCUGAGGUACACCUUGCAGUGGUUUCAUUGAAUUCAGUCAGAAAGAUGUAGAUGCAGAAGUUCAAAUAAAGAGGUUCAUCAGGAAGAAAUCAAAACAACACACCUGGUUACGCCAGGCUUUGUAACACUUGAUUUUUAAUUCCUAUGUGCUCAGACAAAUGAGCAUCUGUGCUGGUGAGGCUGAGCUCCUGAUGAUACUCUGCAGACCUCAGUGUACUUCUAGAGGAGUGGAUGGUCCAGCUGCCCAAUUAUUGCAAUGUCAGGCCUACCAUAUAGUCAAGCCUAAGUAUUCAGCCUAAUUUUGAAUGUGUGCACUGUCUCAUGAAAGAUCAAUGUGUGAAAUGCAGCUGGUUUGACUGCUUGCCAAUCGGCGCAAUAUGUUUGACUUUAUUUUGACUCUUCUGUGUUUUGGAACCACAUUUUGGUGCAAUGUUUAAGGAUCAGUCAAUUACGUGUCUGUGCACACAUCAAUUAUGUAUGACAUUUGAAAGAAAGAGCAGGAGAUCAGAUCAAUGACAAUUCAUCAUGUUAUGUUUCACUCUGGCAAGCUGAAUUGUAGGAAUAUUUGUGAUUCCUGUCCCUGUUUGCCUGUUUGUGCUCCACAGGCCGAUGCCAGCCAGGAGUGGGGGCUGCUGGUACUGCAGUUGUACUGCUAUUUGUUUAGUAUAUUGAGUUCUCUGGCAACUUCAAAGGUCAAACCUACUUGCUAGCUAGGAAGGAGCAGUGAGAUGGCAGUUUUAAGUUCUCAUGUAGUGCAGCUGCAACGCACACGCCCUGUGUCUUUGUACUAAUGAGUUGGUUCCGACCGUGCUGUUAUAGUAUGUCUGAAUGCAGAUGAGGCCUCGUGCUGACUACCUCUGUGCAAUAAAUUACAGGCUCAUGCAGCAGUGGGUGUUGGUGGCGAUCCCUUGGCAACAGGAGCAUCUGUUUGCCAUGUGAUUCAGGGAAGGGAUGGUGGGGGAAUAGUAAACAAGAGAAAUUAAUUUAAUUGGGAGUUCAAUCCAGUGAUGCACGUGGUGUAGACAAUGCCCAUGAUAUCAACUCCAACUGAGGAAAGUCCUACAGCUUCUGGUAGGAAAUAAAGGUGAACUUGGCUAUGCUGUAGUUUAUGUUGUGCUCUAAAAUGUAACAAAAGAUGUCAUCUGUUUCCUGCAUCUGAGCCGGGUUUACCAGGAUAUUGUGUUCAAAACACACACACAUUUCUAGAUUUUGAGGAAACAUGAUGCUCUUUUACCUGUUGCAUUGUAAUUGGAUAAUGCAUGUACAAAUGACUUGUUUAGCCUGCCAAUGAAUGUUGCUAAUGCCUUACCAAAAAGAAGCAUAUUUUUUGUAUUUUUUUUCCUCAGAGGCAAAUCCAAACAAUGCUAGAUUUGGGAAACUGUUUACUGAAAAGCAUUUUCUAACAGAUCUCUGAAGAAGUGCAAUUGUAUAAUUAUUAUUGUUCAGUGCAUACAGUACAUUGUCUCCAUCACUCUGUACACUGCUGCUAUUAGUGCUUGUUCUAAUAAAUCUCAAUGUACACUGUUUAAGCUGCUGUGUGAUCUGCGUUCUGAUUUAUCGGCAUAAGAAACACUUCAGCGUAUGAUUUUCUGACGACUUGUUUGUAAGCAGGUAAGUGAACCGACCAUUAACCGUACAAUCCUGAAUAUACGCUGUGCAGAUCGAUUUCGCAGAGGCGGGUGACAGCAGCAGCAGUAGCACCGAAGCAGCUCGUGCCACCUAACUCUCUGCACAGUUCCUUUAAACCUGGCAGGAGUUACCAACCGCAGUCUCCAAGAAGAUAAUUUUCUGUUUGUCAGUUCCCAGUUUUAUCUUCACACUACAGCUGGUAAGAGCCCUUUGCUUUUGUCUCGUCAGCUUGCGCCUUGUGAUUAAAGGGAGCUCAAAGCAGCAUGUUUCUCAAGUUGUGUGAGAGGGAGUAGAGGAAAUGGGUUCCUGGUGUUCUCUAAUAGAAUUGAAAAAAGAGUUGUGGAAAUAGAGGAGAGAAAAGAAGUUACUAGACACCUACCCUUCCUGGCAUCUCCUUGGGAAAAACAGCGCUAUGUGAGAUUUUUCCAUCAUGUGUUCCUGUCUGUUGUUCAGCCCUUAAAUCAAUUACAUUUCGUUUGAAAUGAAAGCAGAGGAGAAAACAACUAUUUGUUUUGGAGGAGAAACUGAGGUUUUUGUUGUUUCCUGGCAUUAUAAAAGAGCAAGUGUUGAAGCAUUUUGGAAGGCUUCCAGCCUGGAAGCAGCAGCAAAGAAGGGAAAAGAUUUUUUUUUUUUUUCAUAAGUGUUUUUUUUUUUUCCUGCCACUGGAAUGUAUUGCUGAUGUCAUCCAAACCUUACAUGUUCUGAGCCUGGGCGUACACCCCGUGCUAAUUCUGUUACAGGAUUCUUUUAGCAGAAUAGCUCAGGAUUCACAUUUCUGUAGAUGGGGUCUGUGUUGCUGAAUGCCUUGCCAAACCAGCCUGACUCUCUUCAUUGACUGUUGCUCUGCAAAAGUGGUGUAAAUGAAAUGUGAAAAGUUGCGCGUUGUAAUUUAAUUGGUUAAACAAACAACAAACCUUUGGGAAGAAAGGAGAGAGCAAGAGGGCUGUGAGGCAGCACUGCCUGUCUGCCUCUCUCUUCUUUGCGUCUAAUUCAGCAGAAAAACUAUUCCUUGAGCAUGGAAGUUAACUUUGUACUUAAAUUCAGUCUGAUCAAGAGACAGAUGAUAGUCCUUCUUCACCACAAACACGUAGGCGUGGUGGCGUGGUGAAGGGAGACAGCGUAGGAAGUUAUCGACAGGAUUUCAGCCUGACUCAGCUGAAGAGUUGCCCACAGAAAGCUGCUCCCAGCGGCACUGCUGCUACAAAAUCUGUUCUGAGGGAAUGAUGCACAGCAUUUUUGCCCAACCAACGUGUGAAGACUCAUGGUUCUCCAAGUCACUGUUAGAUUAUUAGGUAUUUAAGACUUUCUAAAUGUUAAGAACCACAAGUAUGUAAUAAUAACUGUUCUUGCACCUGAAUAUGUAAAAAUAUUUCUCCCAUUAAGCAGUCAUUACUAAAUAAGAUUAUAUGGAAAAAAAUAUAAAGUAUCAUUCAAAACUAAUGAGAUACUGUGGGCUAGCUGAGGAUAUAUCCUGUAGUUUAUUUAUAGUAAGUGGUGAGUCUAAUUUUAUGCAAGGUCAGAAAAUGUAACGUUAUAUAACUGUUAGGCUGAGUAUUGAAGAGAGAGGUUGGGUUCUGUAGCACAUAUCCAUGUCCCAAGUGCUUUUUAUUAAGGGUAAAUAUAACAAGAAUUAGGGGCACGUUAAUACAGUGUGGGUAAAAGUAUGUUACAGGUAUGAAUCUGGUGUGAAGACAUUUUUACCUGUGAUGAGAUUGCAUUUGUAAUUAAUGCCUUGACCUAUUUUUUGCACGGAAAACUUCCAGAGUAAAAUCAAAUAGUUGCAUUUCUCUAUGCUGGCUACCUGGGUAUAUCUCCUUCCUCAGGAGAGAAAUGAGACUAACUAGUAGCUCAAAUGUCACAACUACCUCAGUAUUCUUGAGCAGGCUUUCUGGUGAGUAGAAAGGUAGGGAAAAGAAUAUAAUUAAUCAUUUUCAAAAAGUGACCUUUUCUUGGACUGUAAGGGGAUGGCAAAUUCUGGUAAGGUCAUCUCAGUUGUUUUCCAAUUGUUUUUUGUUAUUGUUUUGAUAAAAAUUUAAGGUUUGGGUUAUCUUUUAUGUACAGUGUUUCUGAGGGCCUGGUGUUACACUUAGCAGUCAAAGAAACUGCGCUGAUACAACGCAGGGGCACACCGAAUCAUCAGUUCUACUUCAGGAGCUGAUUUCACUUAAAUGCUGAUCAGCCAGCCCAGUUUAUGUUUGGUGGCAAAGAGUUUUAUAUGUCACCUGUCUGUUAAGUAUUUAGUAUCUGUAAGCUGCUCAGGUAUUCUCUCAUCUUGUGGCUACAUGUGGGGGAAAAAAAAAAGCUGGCUGAGGAAGUGUUUAUGUAGCGUGAAAAGAAACAACCUAAGUAGGAGCAAGUGUGGCUAUGAAAGAGGAUGCUGAAUUCUUGCAUGCCGUACAAACACCUACAUCAUUUAAUCUGUUUAUAAAUACUCUCCAUGUAAAGAUCUAAGAGUACUUUACAGUACCAGUCAGUUUUUACAGGAUCCUAUUCGGGAAAGUGAUGUCUUACCAAAGCCACAUACAGUGGGUUUUGUAGAGUGUUGUUAAUCACAGUACAGCCAGCAGCAAUGCCAAAAAUAAAUGCUGCUUGGGUGAAAGCAUAGCAAGGAGCACAACGUCUGUGCUGAAGGGAGUGCUGUGGAGAACUAACUGCACCAGUGCCCAUCUGUCCAUGCUUGUCUGUCAGUUUGAAUUGUAUCACAGCGUGCAAAUCUUUUGGUUUGUAGUUUUUCUUUGGAUGUUGUGACACCACAGCUACAGUUCUGCAUUGUCAUGGAGGUUGAGGUUCGAGCCCACGGAGCUGUCCUCCAACGCAACGGUGCCCACGCACAGAUGCUGGCAGAAAGGUUUAACCCAUGGAGCAGCAUCCCCCAAAAGAAGGGCAGUGGUAAGCCUACAUUAAAUCAUGCUGGGAAAUCUGUUUCCAGGAGAUUUGUCAUCACUAAUCUAAUAAUUCUAGACGGUGAAAGUAGCCUCAUUGUAUGUAGUAUUGUUUAUGUAACAAAAGACACACCAUUUCUCUCAUCUGAAAGAUGUGGCCUCUCCUCUUAGUUAAUGGGUUUAAAUGCAAGCGUGCUGUCUCAGCAAAUCUCUCCCUGGAAUACUGCUUUUGCAUUUCUCACUAAUGAAUGCUUUGCAGCUAACACAGCCAUCUGUCCAUUCAAAAUAUUGCCAGUAAAAUCAGGGUAAUUAGAAAUAAGUGGAAGCUCGGAUAUAUUGUAUGCUUCAACCAGCAGUGGUCAUUUAAUAUGGCAUUAUUGAAAUAUGUACGCUUGAAGCACAGCUCAAGUAGCCUUCACAUCCACAUCUGUGAGCAGCACUCUCCAAUCUGAAGGUGAGUCUGUGAGCUGACAAAGCCACUGGCAGAACAUAUGCCCCCUGAUCUCUGUGCUCCCUCCUUGUCAUUAACGCAGCUCUCGUGGGAGGGCAGUGAGGAGGUACCCAGAGCUGUGCAACACGUUCCCUUUUCAUCCAGUCAACAGAAGCUGCUUGUGUAAAGGUGAGCGGGGGAUGAGGUCAACCAGAAGCCAUACAGAAGCGAGUUGAACGCCACAUCUUGCAGCCUCUCACCGAUGUAACGCUUACAGAAAGGUCAGCUUCAAUGCACUGAUUGCUGGGCGAGUGCCAUGCUGCAGUACAGCCCCUCCUGGCAGGAGAGCUCCUUCUGUGUGCACUGCAGCGUGGAUGAUGAAUGUGCGUUAUUGCGGUCUGUUCUGUGACACAGCAUAGAAGGAGGCUCUCAGAGUAGCUGGGCUGUAAACUUGAAGAGUAGUUUCUUCUUUCAGAACCUUUCUAGCUGGUGUGGAAACCAUUCGCACACACAGAUCCCAUAUACAUAACACAUGACAAUCCAUUAAAAUACCUAUAUCUCAAAGCCUUUCAAUAUUUUUUUUUCCCUGGGAAUAUAGAUAAGAGUGGAAUAUUCAAAAGGAGCUGACACCACAAGUAAAUUGCACUGUAAAUGUGGGGACUUAAAAUAUUUCAGGACUAGGCUUCCUAUGAGUUGCAGCCUUUAAUUUCUGAGCUCUGUAAUUUUGAUAUGGUCUAUUUAUCAUGCUGCCUAGAGAGGUCCCCAUAAUGAGCUAAUUAAGUUUCAGAUACACAAGCAGUGACUAUGGUUUUUUACUGCUUUACCAAACAGGGAGCUUAAUAAAGUCCACACAAAAUUAAAAUACUGCCAUAGCUAAUUUAAUUGUUCCACUAUACUGCAUAAUUGAAACAGCAUUUGUGAACUGAUUUAAAGUUUCACUGCAUUCAAACCAGAUAAUUAAGAAAUCCAAUGUGCAGUUGAAAAGCUUUCAUCUGGCUUUAACUCGCUUUUCUUCCUGCAAUGGUCUCUUAAGUGCCAGACAGUUCCCUGAGCAGCAGUCCCUAUGAGAAUCACACCAAGCGACAGCAGUGUCCAGCAAACUGCUGGAUCAGAGUUCAGCACAGCAUCAGCUCUGGGCUCCGUAGGGAUGUAAGUCACAGCAUUGAACUGUUUUUUGCUUAUACAGGAGAAUUGCUAGACGGGCUCCACUUUGCAAAAACAUAAUCGAGUGAUGCUAAAAGUGCUUAGAACAGCAAAAGACAUGAAAUCAUGUGUUACACAACUGCUUUGAGGGCAUUCCCACAGGGACAGGAAAUCCAAGAGGAACAGCAGAACGCUCACUGCAGUCCUGUGGGACUGUGCCUAGAGCAGCUGUCAGCUCUGCAGAAAUCAAAAUUAUAGAGUGUUCUUCUGAGCAGGAUGUUAACCAAGUGCUUGGUAGUCCCAUCUAACAAGGAGAACACCUCUUACCUGUGGAGUGUCAUGCUGCAGCUCGGAUAAAAGCACUUUAAGAAGCGAGAGAAAACAUUUGUCCUUAAGAGAAAAUUGAGAGCCAGCACAGUGAAGGGGGGAAAAAUGUCAACAGUUAACCGAGCUUGAUCAGAACACUGUUAGAGUCUUCAGCCAUCAUCAGGGUGGGCUUAAACAGAACAAAUCUAAGCUUGGCCGCCUCUAGACUACAGAGUGUUGUGGUUACACACGGGCCACUCUCCUGUGCAUCUAAAUAGAUUGGAAAGCCACUGGAGUAUGAAACAGAAGCACAUCAGUAACCAAUCAUAUCAUGAUAUAAGCAUGAGCUCUCUGAUAUAUACAAUAGCUAUGUUUAAAUGUGUCACCACUUAUCUACAAACUACAGCGGUAUUACAGACAGCACUCUUGUUCCCAGAAGGAAGCCCAGCCCUCCUGCCGGGUUUCUCUAGUGCCAGUGCUGGGUACUGAGGCAGUUUUUCUUCCCCUAUCUAGAUCCUUUUAUCCCUGCGUGAGGCUCGUCUUCUUUCUGUGAGACUCUAGUAGCUUCAGCCACCUCCAGGAGGAAAAACACAAUACUCCAGGAGUGUAUUUAUUAAGUUCAAUAAAGCUAAUUAAGAAAAACAGCCCAGAAAAUAAUACAGUUUUCAGUUCCAUGCAUUUAUGCGACUUCACAUACAAUUCAACAACUUUAAAAAUAUUUGUUAAAAUAGAAAUUCAACUAAUAACUAAUUUCUGUUCUCUUUGAAUGAAUGCAGCUUUUAUAUCUACUUACGAAUAGGUAUAUAAUAUAAAAUGAUAAAUUUGUGAAACAAGGGCCAUAGGUGGUCCCAGUAGAUGUCAUUUUUGUUACCUCAGGUAGUGUAACAGGAUCUGUGUUGCUGGGACCCUUGCUUUUUAGGGAAAUGCUCAUGCCAUCUACUGGGAAGUUAUGAAAUUUACCGAGAAUUUUUUCACUAUGUUUUAUUUUAUUUUACUGGCUUUUAGAUGUUGAAUAUUUACACGAGUUGUUUUAUUAUUAUUCUUUUUUAAGACCUGUGGAUACCUGUAACAUAGCUCAAAGGUACUUAUGGAGUUCUGGUAAGUAAUUGCACCUGUUUCUGUGCCAAGAAGUUAUGAAAGUGAUGUGGGCUUAACCCUCUCAAGGGAAACAUUGUCUGAGUUUAACUUAGUUUUCACUCAGACAUGCAAUGUUAGUAAACGUUUUCUGAAAUGGCAAAGUUAACAUAGCUCUCUGACCUGCAGUAUGAGAAUAACACCAGGAAGGUGAGUACCUUGCAAGCAUAUCCAGCAAAACUGCUCAUUACAGGAUUAGUGCUGGAUCAGACUGAGUAUGGUCUGUGGCCACAUACUAAGCAAGAGACAUACAAAUGCAUGUUGAAUAAACAGUGCUAGCUGAGCUUAAUAACCUGUAGAAGAAAUAUUAUCCUGUCAAGCAGUUAUUAUAAGAUAUAUAUGAGAUCAAUCUAAAUCAAGAGGGAACAGGCAAUUUUAAUUUAAGAAUUUUCGUAGAGUUUUUUCCUCUUUAUAGCCUUUCAAGUUUUGUUAAUGUGGUUUGAUUGAGUAAAUAAGCACUGAGUUUGGUUUUUUUUUUGUUGUUGUUGUUGUUAGUGCAGUGGAAUAUGAAUGACAGGCUGAGCUGCAGCAUUUUGCUGCAAUUUCUCAGCACCCUUUAGAGCAAGUAAGCAAGUCCCUAACUACAACAUCUACAUGAUUUUUAAAUAUCUCCAGGGAUGCUGAUUCCACCACCUCUCUAGACAGCCUGUUCCAAUGCCUGGCCUUUCUUUUGGAGAAGACAUUUUUCCUAAUAUAUCUGGUACAACUUGAGGCCAUUCCCUCUCAUCCUAUUGAUGUUACAUGUGAAAAGAGGGUGACCCUCACCUCACCACUACCUUCUUCCAGGUUGUUAAGAGCUAUUAGGUCCCUCUUGAGCCUCCUCUUCUCCAAAUUGAACAAUCCCGGCUCCCUCAACUGCUCCCCAUAAGACUUGUGCUCCAGACCCCUUACCAGCUUGGUUGCUCUUCUCUGGAUGUGCUUCAGGGCUGCAGUGUCUUUUUUGUAGUGAGGAGUCCAAAACUGAAUACAGCACUCAAAGUGCAGUCUCACCAGAGCUGAAUACAGGGGGACGAUCACCUCCCUGCUGUUGCUGCUUGUGCUAUUUCUGAUGCAAGCCAGGAUGCAAUUGGCCUUCUUGGCCACUUGGGCACGCUUUUGGCUCGUGUUCAGCUGAGCGUUGACCAACACCCCCAGAUCCUUUUUCUUCCACACUGCUUUCCAGCUGCUCUGCCCCCAGCCUGUAGCAUUACAUGGGGUUGUUGUGACCAAAGUGCAGGACCGGGCACUUGGUCUUCAACUUCAUCCCAUUGGCCUCAGCCCAUCAAUCCAGCCUGUUGGGGUCCCUCUGUAGGGCCUGCAAGCAGAGUCCGUGAGAGGAGUAAAUCACAUCCUGAAAGUUAACCGUUGCCCUCAGCCUUGCUUGGCUGUGUUGGUACCACUGAGCCUCAUGCCACCGACUGCUGGGCUGAGCUUGAGCAGGUUCUGCUGUGCAGCUGCUGCUGAAAGGAAACACUGCUGCAGUAGGCCUGCUGGUGCCACAAAGCUGUAACUGAAGCGCUCUGCCUGCUGCUGCUGGCAAAACAGGCCAGGAUGUGGCUGCAGCAAGGCUGCAAUAAGCAGCGACACGUCAGUGACUCCUGACAGGAAGCUGAGGAUCACAGAAACUGCAGUCGUUUCAUUCUAAGAUUGUAAUUUUGAGUUUCAGAUAGUGGCAUUAAACUGCAGUGGAAAGGACAAGCGUUUCCCUAUCACUUUACACUGGUAAUACAUAAUUAAUGAUGCAGAACUAGAGAGCUUAGCUGGAGGUCUUUGAGAAAGGUCUUUAGCAGCACUUCUAGAAGCAGGGUAGUUCAGAUGCUGUUGAGUAUUUUCGAGUAAAAUUUAGCUUGAUUAAAGAAUAAUAGUAAUCAAUUUUUUUUUUCAAGCAAUUUGUUUGGAGGAAUACUGCUAAGAAAAACAUGGGCUUUGAAUCUGGAAGUUACACUUGAGGCAGAGCUCUUUGUUAUUAUCGUUUCUAGUGUUGUAAUAUGUUUGCUGCUGCAACCAAAAACUUUGUUAAACAGGUUGGUGACGGAGGAAGAUUAGUGCCAGUGCCCAGCCUCAGUGAAGCUGAUAAGUACCAACCUCUCAGCCUUGUGAUUAAGAAAAGAAAAUGCUUGCUUUCAAAAAAAUCUAAAUUUGCUUCAACACCUUUCACCUUAAAAGACAUUCUUGAAGGGGAGAAAGAAAUUUCUGCAGGUGUUUCGUCCUACCAGUUGCUCAACUACGAGGACAAAUCAGAUGUUUCACUCAAUGGUAGAAGAGGAAAUCAGAUAAUCAACGAUGUUGGUUUUGAUGUUGCUGGAUCAGAUUCUAUUGCCUUUAAAGCUUCAUUUGGCAUAGUGACCAAACACGAGGUUGAAGUACCGACGCUGCUUAAAGAACUUACUACAAGAAAAAUAAACUUUGAUCAUUGUCUAGUCCAUCAAACAAGAAAAAGUAGGAUGGAGAUUCUGUGUGUUGUCAUGGAAAGCAUUAGGACGACAAGGCAGUGCUCGUUAACUGUUCAUACUGGGAUGCGUGGAGAGACGAUGAGGUUUCACAUAAUUGAAGACCAAAAUAAUAAAGGACGGGACAAAGCCAUUGUUUUUCCUGCACAUACAACAAUUGCUUUUAGUGUAUUUGAACUUUAUAUUCGGUUGGAUGGGAAUUUUGAACUGUGUGUGACUCCAAUUGCAAAGGGGGGAUUUGAAAAAGAGAAAUCUGGAUCAUCUUCAAUGAAUAAAUUAAGGAGAUUAAAGCAUAAUCUCUUUCAUCGAAACAAAAGAAUAGUGAGUAUCAUCCCUAGCUCUGAUGGUUACUUGGAGGACCUUUUUACAGACUACUAUGAGAAAGCUGCAAGCAUGACUGAUCUCUCCACAAGCUAUCUCAGAGAAGGGGCUCAUGCCCGGAUUAAUUUACUUAAUAACAACAUCCCCAAAGGUCCUUGUGUCCUUUGUGGAAUGGGAAGCUCUAAAAGAGAAACAGUCUACGGAUGCCUAGAGUGUUCUUUUAAUGGACAGAAGUAUGUACGACUGCAUGCCGUGCCCUGUUUCGACCUCUGGCAUAAGAGAGUGAAGUAACUGCUCUAGGUUGGCAGCCUCGGUGGUUUGUCUUAGACAAUGGGAUAUUGUCAUACUAUGAUUCACAGGAUGAUGUUUGCAAAGGCAGCAAGGGAAGUAUAAAGAUGGCUGUGUGUGAAAUAAAAG